ACAUGCCAUGCUUUCACCACUGUGACACAGAGACACAAGUAAACCUGAGAGUUUGCAGAAGCUUUAAUAUCCAGAGCCAAGCCAAAAAAAAGAUCCAGUUUAUCUGCAAAAAGCAUAAGAAACAGCAGUAAAAUGCCCAGAAGAGAGAGAACCCAAAACAAAGAGCGUUUUGCCUGUUGGCUCAUCCGACAAAUUGACAGCAAAGAAUAUAAUGGCGUUCGCUGGUUAGAUAAAAGUCGUACAGAAUUCCGCCUGCCCUGGAAGCACCUAAACAUACAGAAAAAGGAUGAAAUGGAUUAUAAAAUUUUUAAGGCUUGGGCCAUUCAGAGCGGAAAGUAUAAUGCACAAUGUGAGGAUCCCCCUACUUGGAAGACAAACUUCCGAUGUGCCCUAAAUGGUGUUGGAUACAAGGAUGGGAAAAUGUUCACAGAAUUAACAGACUACUCAAGUGACCAAAAUGAUCCACACAAGAUAUACAAGUUCAAUGGAGACCACAAUGAUCUCCGAGCAUCAAGUCCAACAGCUGCUGCCAACACUGUAUACCUGACUACUCCCGCAGAGCAGAAUCUUUGGAAUGAGAUAGAAGAAGAUGAAGACUACACACUGCGCAUCAGCCCUGAUUGUUCAGGUGUCUCCCCGUUUGUCCACAGUCAGGAAUCAGAGGUAGUUGCAGAGCUAAUGAAAAACAUUCUACUAGAUUCAUCUGAGAGUGGUAUACAGCAAGUCUUACAGCUCUCUCAGGAUGAAUACGCUCAGGAUGCCCCUUUUGUGGCUCAGGUCUUUAGACAGUCCAUAAACGAACAAUGCCCAAACUCUGGAUUGGAGAAACCAUGUGCCAUUAAUGGCCAUGACCAUGGCGUUCAUGAGGAAACUGCCAUCCGUAUUCCAGUGUUACAGGAGCAACGUUCACAAUAUCAUGGGUGUAACGGUUAUCACAAUGAGUACCUGCAGAAUGCUUCAGGUGUUGAAAGGGUCUCUCAACAAUUGAGUGCGCUGUCACAAGUGGAGUCAGCGCUACCAGUUCUUCUUAAUGGCUUUGGGGCACCAGUGCAGAAUUCCCAAGCAUGCCAAAUGAACGGAUUCUAUCCACAAAGUUCGCAGGACGCCAUGUAUAAUAGCCUUCAGAAUGGGUGUCCACAGGAUGUUGCAGGUGUGGACCAUUCUCCCGUGUAUUCCUACCACACACCCAUUCAAGAAUGUGUAAGAUCAUCACAAGUGUGUCACAUUCCACCUGUCAUUAAUGGACAUGGCCUUCCCCCUACACAAGAAGCCCAUGUUAACUUGUUUCAUCAACAGAGGACAAUGCCACGCUUAACAUCUUGGGAAGUUACUGUAUUCUACCGAGGAAUGGAAGUCCUGAAACAAAAUGUGUCCAGAAAAGUUGUCAUAACCCAAGACAUCGGUGAUCACCAGUUGCAAUCCACAGACAUUGUCAGAUUGCCUACCACUGAUUUGCUUGUAGAUCAGCAACAGAUUGAACUCACCAAUACAAUUCUACGUGCUGUUGGAGAAGGCCUUUGCCUUGAGGUCAGCCCUGAGGACUACAAGCUCUAUGCAAAGAGGAUGGGAAAUACAAGGGUCUUCUGGGGCUUGUCAGAAAGUCUGGAGACAAGACAAACUGCUUCACAAGCAAAGCUGCUGUCCAGAGAUGUUCAGACAGCGAUAUUUGAUUUUAACCAGUUUUGGGAAGAUUUGAAAGGCUACAAGAAUCACAGCCGAAUAUCUCCAGACUACACAAUAUAUUUGUCAUUUGGUCAGACUUUGUUCGAGCCUGUGAUGAAGAAAUUGGUAUUGGUGAAGCUUGUUCCUAAUUUCUGCACAUUCUUCCACCAAGCUGCACAGCGGGAUGGCGCUUCAUCAUUAUACUCAGAGCUGGUCAGCCUUCAGAUCUCUCAUGGGAGCUCCUACAACAGCUAUGACUUUGAUGGGAUGGAUUUUGACUUGAGCAUCUGUUAUUAAGCACAAACACUAGAUUUAUCUGGUCAGGCUUGGAAAAUCCUGUUUCACUAGGUAGCAAAGAGCUGAUAAUGGAUAUGCAAUGUAUGCACAUAUUUUCUAACUGCGAAGUAUAUAGUCAAUAUUAUUGGCUUCUGAGGAAUGAUCAGAUUUAGAUCAUGUUGGAUUGUAUUUCAUAAAUUACAAUUUAGAAACAAGUUUUGAUUUUGUGAAAUUCCUAUGUAUAUGGAAGACUCUACUCUUGUACAAUGCUCAAUAAUCUCAUACUGUAUGAAGGGAUCCGGACUAUGGGUCAAAAUGCAUUAGGUCGACACUGUCAAAAGUUUGAUGUGGACAAAAGGUCGAGCAAAUGAAAGGUUGACAGGUUCAAAAGGACAACAGGUUCAUAUGGUCGACAUGACAAUGGCCAACAAACACAUGAUCGACACACACUUUUUUGUGGGGGGGAGGGGUAUGUCAAUGGACUUUUGCCAUCCUUAACGAUCCAUGUCACAAAUGAUAACCUUUGGUAACCUUACGGUGAGUGGAGCAGAGCAAGACACUGUGCCCGAAGCGUGGCGAGCAAAGCGUUUCAACAAAUGGUGGCCCCAGAUCAAAAAAAACUAUCCACACUAAUCCCAAAAAGAAAAAAAAAGUGUGUGGACAAUUUGUGUCGACCAUUGUCAUGAUGACAUUUUGACCCUGUCGAACUUUUGUCCAUGUUGACCUUUUCCAGUGUCGACCUUUUAUAUGUUGACAUUUUGUCCAUGUUGACAGUUUGUCAGUGUCAACCUUUUGUCCAUGUUGACCUUUCCAGCAUUGACUUUUCAUAUGUCGACCUUUUGUCCAUGUCAACAUUUUGUCUGUCGACCAUUUGGGGUCAACCUGAUGACUGUAGACCUAAUGCAUGUAGAUCUUGUAUACCAUACCCCUGUAUGAAGGGUUUGCACUUAAAUCAUACAUGUACAGAUGGAGCCAUGCUAAUCAUUGCUACAUCUGUGCCCGAGUCCCGCCUAUCGCAGCGUGUAGGAUGCGCGUGCGUGUGAGACGGGCACACGCCCCAAUCACUGCAAUGGGAGCGUCUCUGUGCACUCCCAUAGCGUAGCUAGGCGCCAGAUUGCCUAGCCGCGCCGGGAGUGCACGUUUGCGAUGGAGCCGCAUUAGAUAAGCGUGCUCCAUCUGUAUGUUGUAGCAAAAGAACUGUCUUUUGCAAAGUAGUGUUUACAUUUGUAAAUAUAGACAACUUGCAGAGUUUGCACAUGUCCAGUGUCUGUUAUUUCACUGGACAGUAGAAAAGAAACUAUAUAGCCAUGCUUUUGUUUUAGGUGGGAAUAAAUCCAGGAAGUAUUUAUAAUAAAUGAUCGCACAAGUUGAUGACUAAGGGUGGGUACACACUUAAAGGAUAUUAGCCCGAUUUGUUGUUUCCGGGCAAAGCUUAACGGCAAAUUGGGUACAUCAUUAAGUGUGCAUGCAAGAUUGCCCGCUCCCGCAGGUCGCAUGCGAUAUCUUCCAGUCUGCCAACCAGAAGAUAUAUACAAUGUCAUGCCUCCUGCAUUGUGCAAGUGUGUACGCACUGCACGGUACAGGGUCCCGACGCCCAUUGGAUCGGCCAGGUACACAUCGUUCUGAGCUAUAGAAUACAAUGGGCUGGGCGGUCAGUACCUACAGGUGACUAACAAGCUGCAGUGGAACUGCAAGUCCCAUCUCACUUAUGCAAACUUUGGCAUUCUCGGCAUUGCCUAUGAGACAUCUACAGAUGGAUAUGUGGAAUCCCACGUUGGAAAAGAUACACAUUUUUAUAUUUUAUAUUUUUUCAUUUUAUUUAAAUAUGUUUUAUACCAAAAUCGUGUAGCCUUUAAAUUUUGCCUACUAGUCUGCAGUAAGUUGUACUUGUACACACAAUUACUGUAAAAGAAUUUGAGAAUUUUGUUUUUUCUUAUAAUCUGUUGGCUCCCUUGUAAACUCCUUUCUAAUUAUGUAUUUAGGAUUCAUCUUCUGGAGAAGCCCAGAAAUCAGCUUCUACCUAGUUUAUAGAAUGCACUUGAUAAAAGCUAGCUAGAAAAUGGUUAGUUGCUCUGGGCAUCUUUUCCACUUGUCCCCUUCGUGGCUCUUUGGAAGGAUUGAUGCCUUUCCCUAUGUUCCUUAAACCUAUAACCUUAGCAGUAAUUUAUUGUACUAGGGGGGUGAUUCAGACCUGAUCGUAGAUGUGCUAAAUAUAGCACAUCUAUGAUCAGCUUCCCUGACAUGUGGGGGGACACCCAGCACAGGGCUAGUCCACCCCGCAUGUCAGGCCCUACCCUGUCGCACAAGUACAAAAGCAUCGCACAGCGUACCGUGCCCCCUAAAUGGCGGCCAAUCAGGCAGAGGCGAUCGCAAGGCUAAGACAGCCGUCGGCUGUCUGGCAUGCGCCGGCACACUGCGGCGCAUGCGCAGUUCAGACCUGAUCGGUGCUGUGCGUAAUGUGGCGGAGUCCUAGGGAUACUACAUGGUUGGUGAAAAUAGGACCAAUGUAGUUACCAGGGGUAGAGACAAAGUCAGUAUUUUUUUAUUGCAGAAAAGGUGGCAUCUGAUCCAUGCAAACCUAGAUAGCUACUGAGAAUGUAUUAAAUAAUGGGAUAUGAAACACAUACAACUUUUAAAUAAGUUCAUCAUAAAAAUAAUAAUCAGGAUUCAAAGCAUAGAUAGAUAUAGAUAUAUUAAAUUACAAAUUAAUAUCAGCUGGGCACUGAACCUUCUGUAUUUAAUUCUCCAAAUGUAAAUUGUGUUAACCACAAACGUACUUUAAAUGUGUCCAUUUGUUUGUUUGUGGCAUUACUCCACUAGAUCAUAUGGAUAAUUUCACUCAUCCAUGGAUAAUGUUGUUGCACCUUGGCUUUGCAUAGCACUGGUGACUGGAAUACUAUGUAAUCAAUUUACCCAGUUAUCUAUUAUGCAUAGCAUGUUCCCUGAGGACAUAUCAAUUAGGCAUAUGUCAUUUGCAUGAGAAAUGAUAAUGGAAUCGUCCAUCAUGUGGGCUACGCCAGUAUCUGUAAGAGAGAACCCACAGCACUAAGAGAGAACCCAUAUCACCGCUGUCUCCAUUGUGAGUGAGCGCUCUGAUGUCUGCGUCCUAGGAAGCAAGUCGACAUCUAUUUGGCGCCUAACCAAUAUAAUAAUAAUGUAAUAGAUAUCUCAGUAACUUGAUAAUAAAACCUUCUACAGGUCCCCACACACUAAACGACUCGUUAACGAUGCAAUUUCAUUAACGAUUUUCCCUUGAACUAUUGGACAAAUGAUAUCGUGCAAAGUGUUCAUUUUUGGCAAACAACCUAAUGAACGAUCUGCACCAAAUCACUAACGAGAUUGCCAAUUCUUCCCUGCAGUAGGGAAGAUCUGAAGAUUUGACAAAUGACCCGUGGGACCGCGCUUCGGAUUGUUAUAGUUUCUGGAAACUGCACAAUUUUGAACAAUUUAGCGUUCCAAUGCGUCAAUUUUGUGUAUAAAACCGUCUAGUGUGUGGGCAUCUUAGGGAUGUUCAAAUAAUGUAAUCACGUCUGUGCUUAUGAGUGAUACUGCAUUUUGCAUGCUAUACAUCUACCUGUGUGGUGCAUCUCACUUAGGAUAGGCGCAAUCACGUGCAUGACGUCACAUGGUUGGCGGAUGAUGAUUUCCUUGUGUGAUGUCAUUGAGUGGGUGGGCUGGCACAAAGUGUAAGGGGGAAAUUAUGCCUAUAUGAAAACUUUACUUUUAAAAUAAUUUUUUUCAUAGCAGUUUACAUGUCAUCCACUUUUUACCAAUAUAUAAUGUACCUUUUACCAGUAUAUCAUGUACUAAUUACCAAUGUUUUAGUGGGUACAGUGUUACUUAAAUUGACUUUUGCAUAUUAUUACAUUGUUUUCUUUAUUGUUUCUCUUAAAUAUGACCCUCUGUAGAGAAUAAAUAAAAUAUGAUUCAUUUGUUACUUAGGAUCAAAAGGUAAAUAAUCUGUUACAUAUUUAUAUGUCU